ACAGAACUCCAUGGUUGACCAAACCAGCAAGCAAGGCAAGGCAAGCCUCCCUUUUUGUCACAAUAGUCAUCGCGUUACAGCUAGAAACUUCAGAUUUGAUUUGAUUUGCUUUUACCCUUAAAAACCCUCACUUUGUAAUCACAAGCCUAAAGUUGUUUUCUUUUUUCAUUACAUCCCUCAGCAUAUUCUCAGUCUCAUCUUGGUUUUUGGUUUUUCUUCUUUUGUUAGUGCGAAAACAUUAACCUUUUAUUUAUUUAUUUAAGUUUUUGUGUUUUUUUUUUUUUGUUUUGUUUUGAAUCUGGUUCUUUUUCUUUCAAUGUGGAUCAACUGAAUUUUGAUCCAGUUUCUUCAUCUGGGUCCUUUUCUAUUUUCAAUCCAAAUUCAGUCCCUUUUUUUUUUCAAUCUUGGUUAACUUUGGCAGUUUCAAGUAAAACCAGAUAUGGGUGGUUGCCUCACAAAAAACAAAGAUCCAAUGCCCCAACAUAAUGGCUAUAGAUCAGGAGCAACAACUACAGCUGCUGUUCAUCAACAAAGAUACCAGGACCCUGUUAGGCCUGCACCAAUUCAACCCCAGGUCUACCACAUCCCUCAAAAGCCAGGGACUCAAACACCAUGGAAGCCUGCUGUUCCAGCACCAAGUCCCAAGCCUACCCCUAAUAUUGACACAAUCCUAGGCAAACCAUUUGAAGACAUAAGGAUUCACUACACAAUUGGUAAAGAACUGGGAAAAGGUCAGUUUGGUGUAACUUAUCAUUGUACUGAGAAUUCAACUGGUAAACAAUAUGCUUGCAAGACUAUAUCCAAGAGGAAGCUAGUGAGAAAGAAUGAUAAGGAAGAUAUGAAAAGGGAGAUACAAAUUAUGCAACAUUUGAGUGGACAACCGAAUAUUGUUGAGUUUAAGGGUGCUUAUGAGGAUAAGCAAUCUGUUCACGUUGUGAUGGAAUUAUGUGCUGGUGGUGAAUUGUUUGAUAGAAUUAUUGCUAAGGGGCACUAUAGUGAAAGGGCAGCGGCUUCUAUAUGUAGGGCUAUUGUUAAUGUUGUCCAUGCUUGUCAUUUCAUGGGUGUGAUGCAUAGGGACCUUAAGCCUGAGAACUUCUUGUUGUCUAGCAAGGGUGAGAAUGCUCUUUUGAAGGCCACCGAUUUCGGGUUGUCAGUGUUCAUUGAAGAGGGUAAGGUUUAUCAGGACAUAGUUGGGAGUGCUUACUAUGUUGCUCCUGAGGUUUUACUGCGUAAAUAUGGGAAGGAGAUCGAUAUUUGGAGUGCAGGAGUUAUACUGUAUAUCUUACUCAGUGGUGUGCCUCCAUUUUGGGCAGAAACUGAGAAGGGAAUAUUUGAUGCUAUUUUGGAAGGAGAAAUUGACUUUGAAAGUCAGCCAUGGCCAUCUCUUUCGGACAGUGCCAAGGAUCUAGUCUGCAGGAUGUUAACACAGGACCCGAAAAAGCGGAUUACUUCUACUCAAGUCCUAGAGCAUCCGUGGAUAAGAGAAGGUGGAAAUGCAUCGGACAAGCCACUAGACAGUGCGGUCCUUUCUAGAAUGAAGCAAUUCAGAAGAAUGAACAAACUUAAGCAACUUGCCUUAAAGGUCAUUGCAGAAAAUCUUUCGAGAGAAGAAAUCCAAGGUCUGAAGCAGAUGUUUGCAAACAUCGACACUGACAACAGUGGCACAAUCACGUAUGAUGAACUUAAGACUGGAUUAGCUCGACUGGGAUCGAAGCUCACAGAGACUGAAGUUCAGCAGCUGAUGGAAGCUGCUGAUGUGGAUGGAAAUGGUACCAUUGACUAUAUCGAAUUUAUCACAGCUACAAUGCACAGACAUAGGCUUGAAAGAGAUGAAGAUUUGUAUAAAGCUUUUCAACAUUUUGAUAAGGACAAUAGUGGGCAUAUCACAAGAGAUGAACUCGAAGCUGCCAUGAAAGAAUAUGGAAUGGGUGACGAUGACACAAUCAAGGAAAUCAUAUCUGAAGUCGACACCGAUAAUGAUGGUAAAAUCAACUACGAGGAGUUCCGUGACAUGAUGAGAAGUGGAACCCAGCAUGGGCAACUCUUUUAGAUUUUCAAGACCAGAAUUGCAGCAAAAAACAAUAGCUGGCUUUAAGAGAUACCUUUUGGAGGUUUCCAUCACACAAGUGGUUUUUUUUUUUU